AUGAUCCGACGGCGGUUCAAUAGCGACUUAUCCAAGGUUGGGGUGCAAAGCAAGCACAUGACACUCGCGCAGCUCCACACACACCGCGGUGCAUCCGCAGAUUUAUCUUGUGGCGCGCUUUGGUUCUCAAAGGUCGUGUGUCACGGGACCAUGUUCACCAAGACCGGCCUGAGACCGCGGGAGAUUCAAGGCCGCGGCACCAACAGGACCAACGCCGCCUUCACCGGCGGCGACCACGACGGCGCGUCCACGAGCCUGGGGCCGCCGCUCCCGGGAAGCUGGAAGAAACUCUCGCCGAUAAUGGCCAGCGGCCGCAACGGCGAUUCUUACGGCAGUGGCCUCGCCGCCAAGCGCCGCGCGGAGCAUCCGGCAGCAAGGGCAAGGUUCGAGCCUGCCGCGGGAGUUGUUGGUAGGAGGGGCACCGCCAGGCCUGGCCGCUCGGCGCCGUCAUCCGCUCGGGGGCGGGGGGGGGUCCCCGCGGGAUCGACGGCACGAAAGAAGGCGCGGCGAUGGCGGCGCGGCAGCGGCAGCGGCGGCAGCAACGGGUCUUGUCCGGAGAAAGCGACGUCGGGUCCGCCUUCGAGCGUGGUUGUAGCAGCUGACGUGACACGAGGGCGCAGCGCGAAACAGCAGCAGCAGGAGGAGGGGCAAGAAUCGCGCAACAGUCGUCUCGGUAGCGCGGUGUCCGCUGACGAGAAGCGCUACCACUCUCGGCAACAACUCCGACACUGCCACAGCGCCAGUAACGUCUCGACCAUUUACGGCGGUGGCGGCGGCGGCCGAAAGCUAGGAGAGGCUGCCGUAGAACCCUCCGUCCCGGCCACCCCCGACGCCGACCUAACUGCGGCGGGCAUCGAAGAAGGAGGCGAGCUCGCUGAGGGUGUUGGAAUAGACGACGUGACCAUCACCGUGUAUGCGGGAGGCGGGAGCGGUGGCGGCGGCGAUGACAGCGGCGACGAUGAGAGCACUCGCGCUGCCGCCGCCGCUGCUAACCAAGCCCGUGCCACACCCAGCAGCAGCGACGACAACAACGCGGGUGACGGAGGGGGAGGUGGCGGCAGCGAGCCGGACGAUGACGGCGGCCUGGUGGAAUCGACCCGUGGCUUGGGCGGGGGCGGAGGCAAGGGCGGUGGUUGUCGCCGACGGGUGGGCGGAGCCGAAACGGGCCUGGCCAGCAUCAAGGCGGGCCUUCGGGCCUUCAGCGAAAGAGUCGGGCGCCUGGAGACGUUCGGCAGGGCGGACCCAGAGCAGAGGAGCACGGCAGGGGAGGGGCAGCAGGCGGGGGGUCGGGCAGGCGAGAACGACGACCAGCCUGAAGACGUUUCGACGGGUCUUGCGGGAGGAGCAGAAGCAGCAGCGACUGCGAGCGAGCGGACGUGCCGGAGCGCUGGCCGCCGCCACGAGGUCGCCGCCCACGACAACGAUCACGUUUCCGCCGACACCGGGAUCGACAUGGGUAAGGAACGCGACCCUCUCAGCCACGCCAAUCCUCGGGAGUACCACCGCGCGAGGCCUCCCCCCUCCUCAUCGUUGCCCUUCCACAAGCAGGGCGGCAGGCAUGGGCUCGAUCUGGCGGAACGAAUCCAUCUCCUGGAAGCUCAGGUUUUCCCGGCGAUGUCGCCUCCUCCACCACCACCCCAAGUCGUCGAAACCGCGCCCGUGGAGACCGGUGCAGUAUUGUCCGACCCAACCAAGAGGGCGUUUUCCCACAGCGACGGUGUCAAGAGCGCGGCCGUCGUCCAGCAGGGAGAACAGUCGCGGGCGGCGGCGGUGCGGGGGGGGGACGCGCGGCGAGGAACGGAGCCAUUGGCGAGGGAGGAGCGCAUGCGAGCGAUUAUCGGCGACCUGGCGUCUUUGUCGGCCGCCCUCCUGGAGCGCUUGAUCACGGCUGAGGGCCGCCUUCGGAACGCUGCCGCCGCGGGCGGCGGCGGCAGCACGGAUGUGCUUUGCCAGAAGGCGCGUCUGAUGGUAGCGCAAGCGGAGGCGUUCUUGGUCCUGGCGAGCGCCGGCGACGACGCGGCCACGGCACCACCACCGGCGCCGCCGCCGCCGCCGACGACGACGCAGGAGCAGCAAGAAGGAGGAAAAGCAGUCGCUGCUUCCGCUGGUGCCGCCUCUGCUGGCUCCACCGCUGCCGCUCUUGCGCUGCCGGAUGGAGGAGCAGCGCUGCUUCCUCCUCCUCCUCUUCCGCGGAAAGAUGCGGUACCGCCGUGUCCAGCUGCGAAGGACUGCUGGGGCGAAGCACUUGACGAUCUUGGUCGCCUCGUCGACGAACCGCCGCUCUUGUGUUUCCGCGGCGAUGGACACGACGGCGUCGAUGCAGCGAAGCCGCCUGGCGCAGCAGGAGCUCCGGCCAGGCCUUCUUCUCCACAACCGCCGCCGUCGGCAGUGGCCGCGAUGCCGCUCUCUGACCGUACCAACGGGGGGGAGAACCCGCUCGCGAUUCGUCGGCCGAGGCGGCCGCUGCCGCCGCCGCUCGGCGCCGCAACGACAAGCGUUCCGCGGGCUGGCACUCCCCGGUGGGAAACGCGGACGACGGCGGCGGCGGCGGCGGAGGCUAUCCUCGACGACGACUACAGCGGCGGCGCGGCGGCCGGGGUGGCGGUCUUAUCGCGACGGCCGGUCGCAUCGGCGGCUGUGGGGCACGAGGAGGAGGAGGAGGAGGAUGUGCGUGCUGCCCUACCGGUGGCGUCCGCGCCGACCCCUUCCAAGAAACCGCGGCACCCCUUCGGGAGGCAAGGGAGCGGCGGCGGCGGCAGCAGCAGCAGCAGCAGCCCGCCGAUGCGGUCGCCCAGGUGGCUCCGCGACCACGUCGGAAACGCGCACGCGGAGGCCGCGCCUGGGUCGGGACCAUGGAACGGUUUCCCCCCACUGUCUGCUUCUUCUUCUUCUGACCGCCGUGGCGUAGGCGCGAACGCAAGGGAACACGGCGUUGGUGGCGGCGGCGGGAGAGACGAAGCCGAGAACUGGCCGCCGCCACCGCCGCCGCCGCCGCCGAUAGGACAGUGGUACACGCCCCCGCUCAACCCAGCUUGA